AUGGCGCCAGACAAGGGCAAGAGCAUCUUCAUUGGGAAUAUCCCUUUCAACAUGAGUGAAGAGGAGAUCGUACACAUGCUCAGUUCAGCCGGCACAGUCACCAAAUUUCGACUCAUGACCAAUCCAGACACAGGCAAACCGAAAGGCUUCGGUUUCGCAGAUUUCUCAGACGCAGACUCAGCCGCCUCGGCAGUACGAAACCUCAAUGAUCAUGAGAUCCAGGGCCGAAAGAUCAGGGUAGACUGGCCUCAUAACAACGAAAAGGACUCGGUACCCCAAGACUACAGUCAAGUCAACACCAGCAACGACAUGGCAGCCGGUCCGCCUGGAGGCCCUCCUGCCCUGCCACCCCUGCCUCUGGGAGUCGACCUACCACCGAACCUGAAAUGCGCCGACGCUAUCUCAAACACCUUGAAAACCCUCCCACCACCUCAACUCCUUGAUAUCCUCUCCCAGAUGAAAACCCUCACCAUGAGCGACCCAGAAACGGCGAAACGCCUGAUGAAAGAAGCCCCUCAACUCGCCUACGCGGUCUUCCAAGCCCUAGUCCUUAUGAACCUGGUCGAUCCAAACGUCCUCGCCACAGUCGUGGAGCAAAACGUACAAGCCAGUAACGCUCAAAUCCCACUUCAGCAGCAGCCGCAACAACAGCAGCCUCCAACAAUCCCGCAGCAGCAGCCUCCACCACCACAGUACGGCUACCCUCCACCUGCGCAGAUGCAGAAUAGGACCAUUCCGACGCCGCAACAGUAUGCUGCUCCGCCACCUCCUCCAGCCCAGAUACCACAACCGCAGGCUACACCACCCGGGAUGUCGCCUGAGCAAAGACAGAUGUUGGAGCAGGUCAUGCAGUUGGAUCAGAGGACCAUUGAUUCGUUGCCGCCGAAUGAGCGCAUGCAGAUCAUGCAAUUGCGGCAGCAAUAUCAGCAGAUGGGUGUAAGAUGA